CCAACAAAAUUUCUGAUUCUUCAAUCCUUUUCCAAAAAGAUCCCAUUACUCAAAAAUGGCCUUUUCUGCAACAAUCCCAAGCUCCGACACUUCACUUCUCUUCAAGAAAUCUUCUUUCAAUGGCCUCCUCAAGAACCACUACAAAACCCCACUCACUCACUUCAAUUUCAAUCUUGCUCCGAUCAAAACAAGAACAUCAUCCUCCACCACAAGAGUAGUGAUGGUAGUUUCAAACUCUGCCGCAGCGGCGGCGGCGGCUCCUUCUCAAGAAUCUGUCGACGUGACUGCGCCAAAGAUGCCGUUUCCUGAAUUCGCAUUUCAAGAAUAUAUGGUGACGAAAGCAAAACAUGUCAACAAAGCAUUGGAUGAUGCUAUUCCUAUUCAACAUCCGAUUAAAAUUCAUGACGCCAUGAGAUACUCUCUUCUCGCCGGAGGCAAACGUGUCCGGCCAGUUUUAUGCAUAGCUGCAUGUGAGUUGGUCGGCGGAGAUGAAUCCACCGCCAUGCCAGCUGCAUGUGCUAUGGAAAUGAUCCAUACUAUGUCAUUAAUCCAUGAUGAUCUUCCUUGUAUGGAUAACGACGAUCUCCGACGAGGAAAACCGACGAAUCACAAAAUGUUCGGCGAAGAAACAGCGAUUCUCGCCGGCGAUGCACUUCUCUCGUUUUCCUUCGAACAUGUAGCUAGGGCCACAAAGAACGCGUCACCUGAACAAAUCGUUCGAGUCAUAGGUGAACUCGGUUCGGCAGUUGGAUCAGAAGGGUUAGUCGCCGGGCAAAUAGUUGACAUCGACAGCGAAGGCAAAGAUGUUAGUGUUAAAGAUUUAGAGUAUAUUCAUAUUCAUAAGACGGCGAAGCUUCUAGAAGCAGCGGUGGUUUGCGGUGCAAUUCUGGGCGGAGCUGAUGAUGAAAGUGUUGAAAGAGUAAGAAAAUAUGCAAGAUGCAUUGGAUUGUUGUUUCAAGUUGUUGAUGAUAUCUUAGAUGUUACAAAGUCGUCGGAGGAGCUCGGAAAAACAGCCGGAAAAGAUUUGAUCACCGAUAAAGCUACGUAUCCGAAGUUGAUGGGAAUUGAUGAAGCUAGAAAACUUGCAGAUAAGUUGGUUCAUCAGGCUAAUCAAGAACUUGCAUAUUUUGAUUCUGCUAAAGCUGCUCCGUUAUACCAUUUUGCUGAUUAUAUUGCUAGUCGACAAAACUAAUUUUUUUGUGGUGAUUUUUAUUAGUUUGUAAUUUGUUGUACCAAUUUGUCUGUUUAUCUGUUGUUUUAAAAAUUUAAUUUUAAUAAAAUAUAAAAAUACUGGGUUAAUCUUGAA